AUGUACUCAUUCAACACCGCCGCUCUCGUUGCCCUUGCUGGCUUCUCCGCCGUCCAGGCCGCCAUUGUCUCUCCUGCUCCUCAGCCUACCGGCGUCAAGAACGGCACCGUCACCAUCACCAGUGUGUACGAUGUCUAUACCACUGUCUGCGCUGGUCCUACCAGCUUCCACCUCGGAGGCAAGGACUACGUCGUCACUGAGCCUUGCACUCUGACCAUCACUGACUGCCCUUGCA